AUGUCAACAAAAGAAUGAAUAGCGCCAAGAGUAAGCACAACAUCAUCAUAUGAUAUUCCAAUAUUCCUAUAAUAAUAUCAUCAAAACAGAAUAGUAGUAUAUUUUAGCUUAGCUUGACAAAAAACUCAACAAAAACUGCGUCAAUCACUCUGCUUCAAGAGAGAGUCACACUAGAGAGAAAAACACCAAGAACGAACUAAGCUUAGGUGUGUUAAACCAACAACAACAGCAAGGCACCUGUCAAUUCACUACACAAUCAGUCGGUUGCCAAAGGGCAUGAUUAUUGAAGAAGUAGAUUAAUUUGAGGUAAAAAUGAGUGGGGCAGUAUUAGUUGCAAUCGCUGCAACAGUUGGGAAUUUGUUGCAAGGAUGGGACAAUGCUACUAUUGCUGGGGCUGUGUUAUAUAUUAAGAAAGAAUUCGAAUUGGAGAGUGCACCAACUUUGGAAGGCUUAAUUGUGGCUAUGUCAUUAAUUGGUGCCACUAUUAUCACAACAUGUUCUGGGCCGAUUUCAGAUCGUAUUGGGCGUCGUCCUAUGAUGAUUAUUUCCUCUGUAUGCUUCUUUGUUAGUGCCUUGAUAAUGUUGUGGUCUCCCAAUGUUUAUGUACUACUCUUGGGUCGGUUAUUGGAUGGUUUCGGAAGUGGUUUGGCUGUUACUCUUGUUCCUCUUUAUAUAUCAGAAACAGCCCCAACUGAAAUAAGGGGUACAUUGAAUACACUUCCUCAGUUUACUGGUUCUGGUGGAAUGUUUGUUGCUUACUGUAUGGUUUUUGGGAUGUCAUUAAUGGAAAAACCUAGCUGGAGAUUGAUGCUUGGGAUUCUUUUCGUUCCAUCCCUGAUUUAUUUUGCAUUAACUGUAUUCUUUUUACCUGAGUCUCCUCGAUGGCUUGUUAGUAAAGGAAAAAUGAUUGAGGCCAAAAAGGUUCUUCAACGAUUGCGGGGAAGGGAAGAUGUCUCUGCUGAAAUGGCUUUACUUGUUGAGGGACUUGGAGUUGGAGGUGACACAUCAAUAGAAGAAUACUUAAUUGAGCCAGAUGCUGAAAACACUGAGGACCAAGAUCCCAUGGUUGUCAAAGAUCAAAUUAAGCUAUAUGGGUCUGAAGUAGGCCGAUCCUGGGUUGCCAGACCCGUCACUGGCCAGAGUAUGCUGGGCCUUGCAUCUCGCCAAGGAAGCAUUCAGAAUCCUGGCAGUUCCUUUGUAGACCCUCUUGUCACACUUUUCGGUAGUGUACAUGAGAAGCUUCCAGAACAAGGAAGCAUGCGAAGUAUCAUCUUCCCAAAUUUUGGUAGUAUGUUUAGUAUAGGAGGGAAAGAUCCUAGAAAUGAAGAGUGGGAUGAAGAAAAUAUUCCUGGGGAUGAUGCUGAUUAUGCUCACGAUGAUGAAGAUUAUGCUGAAGAGGAUGAAGACCUACGAAGUCCACUUAUAUCUCAUCAGACUUCAGGUACAGAUAAAGCCAUGGUUGCUCCUGCUUCGGGCAGCAUGUUCAGCAUGAAGCCUAGUAGUUUAAUUCAAGGAAGUGAAGCUAGUGGUAUUGGUGGUGGUUGGCAGCUGGCUUGGAAAUGGAGUGAGAGAGAAGGUCCAGAUGGGAAGAAGGAAGGAGGAUUCAAAAGACUUUAUUUACACCAGGAGGGUGAUGCAGGAUCUAAACGAGGAUCUUUGUUAUCUCUUCCUGGCGGUGAUGUUACUGGUGAUACAGACUAUGUCAAGGCGGCUGCACUAGUGAGUCAACCAGCCCUUUAUUCGAGGGAAUUCAUAGAGCACCGUGCAAAUGGACCAGCUAUGGUUCACCCUUCUCAGACUGCUGGAAAAGGACCUAGUUGGAGAGACCUGUUAGAACCUGGUGUCAGGCGUGCAUUAGUUGUUGGUGUUGGACUUCAACUUCUUCAGCAGUUCUCUGGGAUUAAUGGGGUCCUGUAUUACACUCCUCAAAUAUUAGAGCAGGCUGGGGUUGGUGAUCUUCUUUCGCACAUGGGUAUCGGUUCUUCCUCUGCAUCAUUGCUCAUCAGUGCAUUCACCACUCUUCUUAUGCUUCCGGCUAUAGCUGUUGCAAUGAGGCUUAUGGAUAUUUCUGGAAGGAGGACUUUGCUGCUGACCACAAUUCCUGUAUUGUUCCUAUCGCUAGUUGUCCUGAUACUCGGAAAUCUGAUAAAGAUGGGCACCACUGUGCAUGCUGUGAUAUCUACAAUCUCCGUAGUUCUCUACUUCUGCUUCUUUGUUAUGGGUUUUGGCCCAAUCCCAAAUAUUUUGUGUGCAGAAAUUUUCCCUACCAAAAUUCGCGGUCUCUGCAUUGCUAUUUGUGCACUUACCUUUUGGAUUGGUGAUAUCAUAGUUACCGACUCCCUUCCUAUCAUGCUUAAUGCUUUUGGACUAGCUGGCGUCUUUGGCUUCUAUGCCGUUGUUAGUUUUAUUGCAUGGGUUUUCAUCUUUGUAAAGGUUCCUGAAACAAAGGGCAUGCCCCUGGAGGUAAUCACCGAGUUCUUUGCUCUUGGCGCAAUACACACUUCCGAAGACAAGGAUUGAUUUGCAGUUUUCAUAGGGUUGCUAAGUGCUAAGGGAACGGAUAGUAUUCCCAACUCUGGAUAUUAUUGGUCAGUCCAAGUAAAUAGUUUUGUUGCAGGUCUUUUGAUUACAGUUUUUCUUAAAACUUGGCUGUUUAAUUACCCAAUUUCAGAGAGUAAAUUAUUUCCAGUAAUGGUGGUCACAUUUACGAGCUUGAGUUGUUUUUCCACUUGUUA